AUGACUUUGAAAGACUGGACUCCCAGCUUGAGCACCAUCGGCGCCGCAGCUCUCGCCUACUUUGCCGUUCAGUUCACCCGCCAAGCAGCCGUGUACAUCCUCCCCUGCCAGCUCAAGCGCUACAACCAGAGCGGCACCAACUGGGCCCUCGUCACCGGCGCAACGGACGGAAUUGGCUUUGGCUUCUGCGAAGAGCUCUGCGCCCGCGGCUUCAACGUCAUCCUGCACGGCCGCAGUGCCUCGAAGCUCGACCAGCGCGCUCGCGAGCUCCGCGCUGCGUAUCCCGACCGCAAAACUGGCAUCAUCGUGCUGGAUGUGGUCGGCGCGGGCCAAGCCGUGAACCAGGUCGCCGCGCAGGUGCAGGCGAUCACCGACGAGCACGGUGGCCGGCUUACCGUGCUAGUAAACAAUGUCGGCGGGGAGACGAAGCCGUUUACGGCGCUGGAUAUGCUUUCCUUUGCAGACGCACAGGCCACGAUUGAUCGAAAUCUAGGCUUCCUGACGCACAUUACGCGGGUGCUGCUGCCGCUGUUGGCGGGUAAGGGCCGAUCAGGCCUGGUGCUGAAUGUGUCGUCGUUCUCGGCGUAUGGGCUGCCGUUUAUUACUGUCUACUCGGCGACGAAGGGGUACGUGGAUACAUUCACGCGGGCGCUGGAGGCAGAGUGUCUGGCACGGCAAUACGGCGUGGAGGUUCUAGGCUUGCGAGUGGGACAGGUGAGAACGUCAGGAUUCGCGGUCGGCAGCGGCGCGUUUGUACCGAAUGGGCGGAUGAUGGCCAAGGCUGGGCUGAAUCGGGUUGGAUGUGGGCAGGUGAUCGUUUGGGGAUAUUUCUGGCAUUGGAUUCAGGGUGCAGCCUUUGAUAUCCUUCCACGCUGGAUGCUGAUGAAGGCCUCGUCGAAAAAGAUGUCGGCGUUGAAAAAGGAAACGGAGGAGCUAUUGAAGAAGUCUUGA